CGGCUGAAGCCUUUUUAUAUUGGAACGAUAUUGGUUACAGUGAGCGAAUAAUAAGACCUUUAGAUAUCCAAAAUUUCUAGGGACAAUAACUACUAAAAUAUUAAGGAUGAAGAGAAUGAUUGAAGCGGUUAUAUGAUUAUGCACUCGUCACAUCCAAGGUUAUACAUGUACAACCUACCAAGAAACCAAGACGAUAAAGAUAUAUAUUGGCAGUCGUACGUACGGUUUUCUUCUAUAGCUAGGUAGGUAGCUCGUGCUGGAAAUAUUGGCGCCUACCAAAUGGAAUAAUUAGCACAAUUUACAAUUUACUCUGAAAUAAUAGUGCAAAGAGUGCGUAGAGUCAAACACGCCAUCUCCGUAUCCAUGCAUACUGUAACCCGUGCCGCUCCACGAGUUACUCCAAUAAAUGGUUCCGAGGCAGGAAUUAUCCGCGGAAUAUUUGGAGAAGUGCUUCGUCAUUCAUUCUAUGCUGUAAUGUUAUUAUAAUCUUACCAUUUCAUUUACUUCAUUGUGUAUUAGAGAUUAGAGUGACGUGCAAAUAUGUUCAAAGUUCUUGGCACAAUGUGGUUUCCAAUGAAUACCAGAAAUCCUUUUUACACACCCCUCAAAGCCGAUUCUGACGAAGAAGCAAAACAACAUGUGGAUGUUAAGUAUGAAGACAAAAAGCCAAAAUGGAAUAUCCUGUCCAUUUUCACGGCGUGUUUCGCAUCCGGUGUCCUAGGUUUUGCCCUCGCAAGAGUCUUAAAUAAAAAUUCCAUCGUUCUCACCUCUUCUGGACCUCAAUGUGAGUUUUACGUCUUUUGAUUUUGAUUUUGAUUUUUUGAAUCAUUGCGCAAUGCUGAUAGUAGAUGAAUAGUUGCUAAAGAACCAUAUAUCUUCUCCUAUAAUCGCAGUUUCUCAUACCCGCCAUCUAAUGUCACUGAUAAUGCUUGGGAUGAACUAUUUCCGGGAAAAGGAAAUGGCGGAUUUUUCAAUCAUCCUUAUUUAAAAGGAGAAAGAGCUACUUUGAGUGUUCUACAUCAGUUGCAUUGCUUGGUAAGAAUAUGCUUUUUCCCCUCUCCUAAUUCUAUUCCCAUGUUUACACAGCCUUGAAAUCUCUCCUUUACUUAACUUCUGGAAGUUUAAACAAUGGAAAGUUAAUGGUAGAAUAGGAUGGAAUACGCCGAAUAUAUUACCUCAAUAAUGACGCUGCGACAAGCGGAACAUUACUCGUUGAAGAAGAACUAGAACCUCAUAUGCGAAGAAGUCAUAUGAGACAUUGUAUUGAUUUUUUAAGACAGAGUUUGAUGUGUUGUGGAGAUAGUAGUAUUGAGAUAGUUGAUCCUGAGUUGAAAGUAAGUUCGUCUAAGUCCUAAAGCAUAUUCGCAAUUUUGGGGUUGAUGUGGAUAUUCUCGUUGUUCAAUGAUUGAGGCAAACGGUUGGGGUAAACGGGAUGGAUAUUAAGGGAAGAACUUUUACUGAUGAGAAUACUUAGGGUGUAACAGGCUGGGAUACUGAGCAUAUGUGUACGAAUUGGGAAGAAUUGCAAGAUUGGGUUCGGCAGGGACAGAAGUUGGAACGUGAGGGUGAGAGUUGGAGAUAGGAGAAGAUCAUGCGGAGUGAUCUGAUUCGGAAGAUAAUGCGUGCAAGGAUUUUGGGA